AUGGUAGAGGUUGAACCUGGCUCUUCCUGCGCUGUGUUUGGUCUGGGAGCGGUGGGUCUUGCCACUGUGAUGGGCUGUAAGGCAGCGGGAGCCUCUCGGAUCAUUGUGGUUGAUAUCAAUAAAGACAAGUUCAUUAAAGCAGAAGUGUUUGGAGCAACUGAGUUUGUCAACCCUAAUGAUUACAGCAAGCCCAUCCAGGAAGUACUCAUUGAGUUGACUAAAGGAGGUGUGGACAAUUCCUUUGAGUGUGUGGGCAGUGCUACUGUGAUGAGAGCUGCCCUUGAGGCGUGUCACAGAGGCUGGGGAACCAGUGUUGUUGUUGGCUAUACAAACGUGGCAGACAUGUCUACACGACCGUUUCAACUAAUAUAUGGACGAACAUGGAAGGGAACAUAUUUUGGAGGAUGGAAGAGUGUAGAGAGUGUACCUAAGCUGGUGAAUGAUUACAUGGCAAAGAAAAUGAAGCUGGAUGAGUUCAUUACCCACACUCUGCCCUUGGACCGCGUUAAUGAGGCAUUUGACCUGAUGACCUCUGGGAAAAGGUAUUAUGUGCACACUUGGCAAGCUAGGUACAAUAUAAGCAUUCUAGCUGAAUUGCUGCACUAUUGUCCUUGUGGACAAUUGGAGCAGAGACAUCCAUUUAUUAAGCAGCAGCGCAAUUCUAUGUAA